AUGUUAAUUCGGAAACCAACCGGUCAGCUAAGCAGAGAUGAAGAGAGCGGUAAAAAAAGAUGCUGGAGAGAAAAGAGACAAGAAAAAAACGAAACAUGGACGGGAAGAGAAGUGCUGCGCGCCCUUGACGCGGGCGAGCUGAAGGUCCGGAGAGAAGAAACGGAGUCCGCAGGGGAGGGAGGGAGGGGAGAGGCGGGGAGGGAGAGGGCCGCGCCGCUCCGGACUCCCAGGUCCGCCACUUGGGAGGUCCUGGCCCCAGCGCAGGCCCGGCCAAAUGUCCCCCCGGGAGGCUCGCGGCUCGGGCGGGGUCGCAAUUACACCUCGACUCCAGGCGAGGACUUAAAAACCGAGUGGCGGGGGCUGAAGUCUGGAAGCAAGGCCCUGCGGUCAUCAGAGGGGGGCCUGGCCCGUGCACGGGAACCUUUUACAAGGCAUGUGGUCUGCAGAAGAGCAGAAAGAGUCAAAAGCACGGCAGCUGAAUUUACCAGAGGUUGGACCAGAAGGCUUUGCUACAAAAGGCCCGGGUCGGCGCUCAAAGAGACGGAAUUCGUCCAGCUAAGCCCGAGCCGGGCCCUCGAGGUGGAGAAGGCGGCCCCUCCAGGACAGGCCGGGCCGGGAGAAGCCACUGGCCCUGCCUCCGACCGCAGCACCUUGGGCCUCGCGUCUGCGGUUUCUGCCCUUCCUUCCUUUUCUCUCUUCCGCCCUCGGCCGAGGCACCUGGGAACACGUGGAACUCCCCAGUUAAGAGGACCCUGGGGUACGGAUAAGUGGGGUCUGGAGGUCCGAGCAAGAUCGGAGUGCGGCGCGUCUUUCACCCUCUCUCCCGGCCUAGGCACCCUGGGGAGGAGACGGGCGCGGGGGAGGAAUCUCCGUCGCCUCGGAGGAGGUAACGACGGGGCUGUUUAUUUUUUAAAUAAACGUAGGUUUAAAAAUAAGUCCAAGUGUUUCUGCAAUCGAGUUUCCAACCCGAUCUGGGUCCAGGAAGACGAAACAUGGGGCCCCACUCUCAAGUGGGCGGAUGUUGGUUGUGUGGAAAGCAGAGUCCCGCUGUGUCCUCUCUCACCUGGGAGUAUCCAUCGCCCCUUUCUCCCCACCCGGGAACACACUGGAUUCCCGAAGCUCCGGAGGCCGCCGGCACGGCCUUCCUGGCCCGAGCAGACCGCUCCCGCCCCUUCCCCAGUUCCGCGCGGCUCCUGA